AUGGCAUUUGCUUUCCAUAACUACGCUGUUCCAGUUUUCCUUUCACUUUUGGCCGUAAUCCCAUUUGAGGGCACCGGUGGCUCCCAUCUCAGCCACAAGAACCGCCGUGAGCGUGGCAACCCUACUCCAAAAUCCCUUCACUUCACCUUGUUCCAACACGAAAGCAGAAACAAAACAGGUUUUGUGACAGUGAAUGGCGUGGAAGGAAGUGAAGGAAAGGGUGAAAGCUCAAGCCUUUUUGGCACUCUUUUGGUCUUUCAGGACCCUUUGACUGCAAAAGCAAACAGAUCCUCCAAACAACUGGGAACUGCAGAAGGAACUUCCAUCACCUCUGGUCUUGAUGGACUCAGCUGCAUUUCUGUUGCAAAGUUAACUCUUCGGGUGAAGAAUCACAAAGGCUCCAUUUCCAUUGUUGGAGGCACUAAUACCUUCGAGCGUUCGGAUUAUCCCGUUGUAGGAGGCACAGAAGAUUUCUUGUUUGUGCAUGGCUAUGUUACCUCUUCUCCCCUUCAUGCAAAGUCUUCAACACUUGUCUACGAGAUUGGUUUUCAUCUUUACUGGCCUCCAUAUCCAUCUCCACCUUCUUAUUAA